GCGCGCGCACAGCCGUUGUGGACACACACUGCUCGUGUUGUUGUGGUUCCAGCGAUCCACGUGAGCACCGAGCAGCGCUUCCUACUGGCUCGCGCGGGACAAGAGGAGACGAAGAGGCUGCGGAGAACUGACAAACUGUUACAAAACCCAGAGACGGAACGACGCCAGCUGAAGCUGUCACACACGCGAUAAGCUUUUUAGCGUUUUUACCGAGACAGACGGGCCGAGGCGUCAGUCAAAGCUCCGCAUGCCCGAGGGUGGCGUGUUUCCAGUGUGGAGGGGGAUUGGGGUCAGUAGUGGCGCCGGAGGCGGGUGGAGCCAGGGCUGGGGACGCUCCUUGCGAUGGGAACCUGCCAGUCCAGGACAAGGGGCCUGGAUCCCGGUAUUUGACUACCCUGUUUGGGGUGUCCUCUGUCGUGGGGGACACGCCAGGCUCAGGGAGGUUUGUCAGAGAGGGAGGAGUGCCAUCAGACUGCCCACAGACAUGCUCAGCAUCAAACUUCCCCAGCUCUUUGACAUCAAUCAGGUCCCCAAGGUGUUCAGGGAGGAGAGCAUCAUCUCUGGAUACCGUCACCCACGGAGCUCAGCGCUGGACUGCGUCCUCAGCAGCUUCCAGAUGAACAACGAGACGAUUAACAUCUGGACCCACUUCCUACCAACGUGGUACUUCCUGUGGCGUUUCUGUGUCCUGUGCUCCGCUAUGAACUUCCUGACCGACAGCUACACCUGGCCCCUUCUGGUGUACAUGCUGCUCGUCUGCGUAUACCCCUUCACAUCCAGCUGUGCACACACCUUCAGCACCAUGUCCCCAGAGUCUCGUCACAUCUGCUACUUCUUUGAUUACGGAGCUCUCAGCCUCUACAGUCUUGGUUGUGCCAUAAGCUAUGGAAACUACGUCAUUCCAGACUGCUGGGUGAACAGCUGGUUCCAUCAACACUUUGUCCUCAUUGCCAUUGGAAACACACUGUUCUGUACCAGUCUCUCCUGCUAUUCCAGGUUCCUAGAGCUGCAGUUCCCACAGAGAAGUAAAGUUCUAAGGACAGGAGCGUUUGUCCUUCCUUUUAUAUUUGACACUGUUCCUCUGUUUUACAGGAUCCUUCUCUGCAUCGGGGGAAGCUGCAGCCUGAGCGACGCCUUGUCCAAUUACUGUUACCACCUCCUCUUUGCCGUCCUCACCUGCUUCCUGUUUACCGCCCACUUCCCCGAGAGGUUGGCCCCAGGACGCUUCGACUAUUUUGGCCACAGCCACCAGCUCUUCCACAUCAGCGCUGUGGUGGGGACCCACUUCCAGAUGGAGGGCGUGAUGGCCGACAUGAUGUCACGGCGGGCGUGGCUCCUGGCCCACGGAGCGAUGCCCUCCUUCCUGGGGACCCUCGGGGUGCUGGUUGCCAGCCUCGUCCUCAACCUGGGUAUCAUCGGCAUUUUCAGCGCCCCGCUGCUGUGGAAAUCCUGCCGCAGCUCCAACCAGCCACACACAUCGAGGUGCGAGUGCAAGGAGAAGUGAGGGCGGAUUUUCCACCCACCAACAGCCACAAAGUGACUCAUUCACUUUCCAAAGGAAAGGUUUGAGAUGACUAUUAACAGUUUAAUACUAAUAGUUUUAUAAUUCAGAGAUAAAGAUUUUGAUACAUCAUGUUCAGGGCUAAAAGAUUUCUCUAACACAGUUAUACACCUGGAGUAUUUGUUCAUGUGUUAACUCGGCGCCUAAAGACCCAGUUACAUUCAUUGAAGCCUUUUUCUGAUGGUGUAUUAAGCUAAUAUGUGAGAAAACAUGUCUACCUUGUACGAAUUGUCUGUUUAAUUUAUUUUUAACAAUCCUCAAAAUUUAUUGUAGACCCACACUUCAUAUAGGAUGUUUACAGUAGAUCACUACAAGUUUAAAUCUCAAACUGGAAACAUCUAAUGUUGCAGUCGCAGGGAUAAUAUUUUGAUUUGAUAAUGAUUUUUUUUGCCUGUACUGGGCCAGAAUCUCCUUUACUCUAUUAAGGAUUCAUUUUUUUAACUGGAAUACUUGGUUAGUGUGGUUGUUCUAUGUAUAAAAAUUUCCUCAGCGUAGACAACCGACACAUAACUCUACAUAAUAUAAUGCAGGUAGUGUUGGCGGCUCUUACAUUUCCACCUAUUGAUUCCACUCCGCCGGCCCGGAAUUGAUUUGCAGGUCCUGUGGUUCUUCUUUUCUGAUUGCCUGGCUUACUAUAAACCCCACAAUCUGCCCUCAGCAUAAAAAAGAAAUGUUGCAGCGCGGCAGUGAUUAAAAGACAGGUAACAUUUUUACAACAGUAUGUUUCCCGGGCAACGCUAGAGUGGACCCUGAAGGUCUUGAACAAUUUUACUUUUCUGAGCAAACGGCAUUAUUAUUUUCUUUUUCCACCAUCACGUAUCACAAGAUCUAUUCUGAACAUUUAUAUGCAAGUCCAGUCAAAUUUCCAACACCUGCGGUUUAUAGCUAAAGAGUAAAGAAUUAAGACACAGAGGCAACAAGUACAUGUAGUCAUUACAGGAGAAAAAAAGGGUUCUUGGAACAUUAUGUUCUAGGAACUGCAAAAAUCUCUCUGGUCAGAAAGAGCCUAGCUUAGUUUGGGGUCGUAUUAACAUGGUAGCACUGUGGUUUUGUAGUGCUGUGGUGCACUUACAGUAAAACAAAGCAGUAACACUCCUUAGAUACUUUGGUUAUCUUGUUGUCUCAUGAGAAUGUUAUUUACCACUGAAAUAAUAAUUAUAUAUUUAUAGAAUCUAUUAUAUCUAUUGCUCAUUUUAGGUGCAUAAGCGGUAAUGAAGAAAAGGGUUUUUCUUUUUGGAGGAAGUGCCAUGGUUUAAGUUACUAAUGUUCUCAAUAAAUCAACACUUUUAUCAAGCUUUGUUUUCUUACAACAAGUGAAAACAAAGUACAGACAGAUUAUUUCAAUAGCUCUCCAAUUUAAGUCAAGUUUUUUCAAGAAAACACCUGUCUGGAACUGAAAUGAUUAAUUUAUUAAUCAAUUAGUCAACUUUUUUUUGAUAUUAGAUUAAUCCUUUGAGUAAUGUUUUUAGGCUAAAAUUCCAAACAUUUUAAACGUGCAUAUGUUUCGGCUUUUCUCUUUUUUGUUCAUUGUAAAUUCAAUAUCUUGAGUUUUUGGCCCUCUUCAAUGAAAUACGGGAAGCAGUUAUUAUUCCAAUAUAUUUUUAUAGAAAAACAAUUGAUUAAAUGAGAAAAAGAUGGCAGAUUAAUAGAUAAUAAAAUUGAUUGAUUUCACGAUUCUGAAAAACGAGUUCAAUUCAAAUGAUCUAAUUCACUUGUUUUAAGUAAAUAAAAUUACAAAUGAAUUGAUAAAUUGAAUAAAUUUGACAAUUCAAUAAUAUACAUAUGUAAAGCCAUAGCAGGACUGUGUAUGCAGCCUAUGUUUCAGAGACUUGACGAAGAAGAAUUGCUUUAUAGGUUUAAUGGGAGAUAGGGGGUCGCACUACUAAACAUCUCUGUUAAAGCACUGACAUAACGCAGGUACAGAGUCUAACUAUAAUCCUUUUACUUGACAAACGGUUUGAAAGACUCAUUUGUGUAAAUAAGUUGGAAAGCAUAUAUGGCAGACACACACACACACACACACACACGCACAUACAUAUAUAUAUAUAUAUAUAUAUAUAUAUAUAUAUAUAUAUAUAUUAAUUUAGACUUGGUUUUACCACUAACACCGGAUUUGAUCACAUCACUCACAGGAAGCACGUAGCUAACACACAUACACACGCCUUUAAGCUGCGUUGGUAGUGAGUUUAAUAAGAAGGGAAAAUGUACGUGAUAUGAUGGGAUAAUGAGAUGUGGUACAGGUCCAUGUUGGAUGCUGAAGUAGAAAUGUCGGACGCAGAGGGAAUGUGUAGAAUCCCAAAGAGCACAAACACACACACACUUUUGCAUCAGAGCAAUUUUUUCCAAGGUUAGUGUGCAGACUAGAAAAGUCUCUUUGCUUUUUAUGUUGCAGACGAAACGGAGCAGUAAUUUCCCUUAAUGUUUCUGUAUCCUCUCCACCCCUGCCGAGCGCUGAUUGUUGUUUUUUAAUUUUUUUCCCUCUCCAGUCAUCAUCUUACAGCGUUCCUCGGUUUGACCCUGUUGAAUCUUGGAAUUGCAUCAUUGUUGUCGUGGUACUUUCCUAUUGAGGCAAACUAGUUUGGAAAUCCUUUUUUUCUGUUGUUUUCUCUUUUUUGUCUACUUUCAUCUCGUUCAUUCUCAGCCGUUUGGUGCCUGCACUGUUUUACAGCAGUUUGACGGUUAUGAAGCUCAGAGAUGCUGAUCGCCGAGGCUUCCACAGGAAAUAGAUCAAUGCGGAUGUUGCUUUUCUUUAUUGUGUUUUUACAAUUAUUUUUGACCAAAUUAUGAUUUUCAAGCCUAGAUAUUCUCCAUACCAGUUCCCUUUUACUUUUCAUAUAAACCAUGUUGGUUUACCCCUCAGUGGACAAGCAGAUUCAGGUUGUAAUUAUCAGGAAAACUGGGAACCUUUCUCAUGAAGCCUUUCAAAAACAGAAAGUGUAUUGAAGGAUGUUUUGAAAAUAUGAAAUCGAGAGCAAAGACGAGUGCGGGAUGAACCAUUUGAAACCACAAGAAUACAAUACAAAGUUGGGUGCCUUUUUAUUUUUCAUACAACCUGUCUUUUGAUAUAAUGCUUGGUGUGUUCCUUGUCUUUAAAAAAAAAAA